AGAAACCUAUAUCAACCUUCACAGGGAGAUGAACAACUCUCCAAGUCCCUGUCCACGCAGACUUCACUUCUCCUUGUUGUCUUGUUGUUUUCUGGCCUAAUUUCACUGGAUAUGGCUGGUCCUUUGGAUGCUUCGCAGCUUGGCACGCUGAGGCAUAAUCGUCUCUCUAACUAUUUCGACGUCAUCAGCUGUACUCUUAUUAUCUACGACUUCAUGCUCACCUUCAACGGCGAACUUACCCUGAUAUGGCCGUCGUCCUGGUCCACAAUCAAGAUCCUCUUCCUUCUCACACGCUACGCUACGCUCCGUUCAUCGACAUCACGAUUGUCGUCUGGCUUUGUCUACGAGAGCACAGGUUGGCUACUUCUCACGGUUAUUCUUAUGCUCCGUACAUGGGCCGUGUACGAAAGACGGCGUGCGGUUGCAAUCGGUCUGGUCAUCUGGACCAUCGUGACUUGGGUGCCAAACAUGACCAGUCUUGGUAUCUUCUUGAAGUCUCUUCGCUAUGGGCCGCUCCCGGUGCAGCAUGUCCCUGGCUCUGGCUGUCAUGUGGUGUCUGGCAGUCCUAUCGUCUUCAUUUGCUGGGUGCUUCUCAUGGUCUUUGAAGCCGCGAUUCUUGGACUAAUGGCAUACAAGGCUGUCAAAAAUUAUCGAGCCGACAAAGACUCUGCAAUAUUCAAGACUGUAUUUAGAGAUGGAACUGUAUUCUAUUUAUAUCUCUUUAUUCUAUCAACCGCGAAUGUGAUUGUCAUUUUGACGGCAUCCGCGGACCUCAUUAAUUUGCUCUCUCUACCAGAGCGUAUGCUCCAUUCCAUCCUGACCGCGCGGAUCAUCCUCAGUCUGCGUGAGUUCGGCUCUAGGAGCCAGCUUGGCUGGAGCACCUUCUCGGCCGGCGUACGGGGCCCUGCUGGUGGCGUCGGCGGAGAGCUCGAGUUUGCGCGUGAUGCGGAGGACAACUUCGCGGACGCAGAUCCAAGCGCUAUCGCAGAUGAAACGAACACGGCCGUAAGGAAUAGUGACUCCGAGACCGCUCAUGUAUGAGUCUCGGGCGCUCCGAAGCUCAAAGGCCCUUGUUUCCACGUGUAAGCAUACUGUAAUUGUAAUCCGCGUUGUAUGCGUGGCAUUACCUGGCGUUACAUGUAUUCUAUGCGCUAUUUAAAUUAAACCCCCCUGUAUCCUUGUGCGACGUCGCUCUUGGAAGUCG